AUGGUAUUUUCAACACUAUCAGCUUUGUAUGGAGGUUAUAAAGCUAUUGACGGUUUAACUGGUGGAGCUGUAUCAAAAGCUUUAAAAAAUAAUGCUGGAAUGCUUGUGGGAGCUGCUGCCAGAAAAUUAAAAUCUGAAAAGUUAAAGAAAUUAGGUAACUGGGUUGCUGACCAGUCGCAAAACCUUUUAGGUGAAGAUAAUGAAAUAUCUAAGCAGCUAAAAGAUUUUAAAGGUCAGUUGA